AGCAAAGGUUCACAAACACUUCAAUAUCCAUAGUUGUGAGCAUAUAAUAAUGGCCCAGAGCUUUUCCAUGGUGCUCAAUUCGUCCUUCACUUCACAUCCUAUUUUUUGCAAACCUCAAAAGCUAAUUAUAAGAGGGCAUAAUCUACUUCAAGGGCACAGAAUUAAUUCCCCAAUUCCAUGCUAUGCAAGCACUAGCAGCACAAGUGUGUCACAAAGAAAAUCAGCCAAUUACCAACCUAACAUUUGGAAUUACGAUUAUUUGCAGUCCUUAAAGCUUGGUUAUGCGGAUGCACAUUAUGAGGAUAUGGCUAAAAAGUUGCAAGAGGAAGUGAGAAGAAUAAUUAAGGAUGACAAAGCAGAGAUUUGGACUACACUAGAGCUUAUUGAUGAUGUGAAACGCUUGGGUCUUGGCUAUCACUUUGAAAAGGAGAUAAGAGAGGUUCUUAACAAGUUUCUAUCUUUGAACACAUGUGUUCAUAGAAGCUUGGAUAAGACUGCUCUAUGCUUUAGGCUCUUGAGAGAAUACGGCUCCGAUGUAUCAGCAGAUAUUUUUGAGAGAUUCUUGGACCAAAAUGGUAAUUUCAAGACAAGUCUUGUCAAUAAUGUAAAAGGAAUGUUGAGUCUCUAUGAGGCAUCAUUUCUUUCUUAUGAAGGAGAACAGAUUUUGGAUAAGGCCAAUGCUUUCACUAGCUUUCAUCUCAAGAGCAUCCAUGAAGAAGAUAUAAAUAACAUUCUCUUAGAACAAGUGAAUCAUGCAUUGGAGCUUCCACUACAUCGUCGUAUCCACAGGCUUGAGGCCCGGUGGUACACUGAGUCAUAUUCAAGAAGAAAGGAUGCAAAUUGGGUGUUGCUUGAAGCAGCUAAACUGGAUUUCAACAUGGUUCAAUCAACACUGCAAAAAGAUCUCCAAGAAAUGUCAAGGUGGUGGAAGGGGAUGGGGCUUGCCCCAAAGUUAAGCUUCAGUCGUGAUAGAUUAAUGGAGUGCUUCUUUUGGACGGUUGGGAUGGCUUUUGAGCCAAAAUACAGUGAUCUUCGCAAAGGUUUAACCAAAGUCACCUCUUUAAUAACUACAAUUGAUGACAUUUAUGAUGUGCAUGGAACCUUGGAAGAAUUAGAGCUUUUCACAGCAAUUGUGGAAAGUUGGGACAUUAAAGCAAUGCAAGUUCUCCCAGAAUACAUGAAGAUAAGCUUCUUAGCCCUCUACAACACAGUCAAUGAAUUGGCUUAUGAUGCACUUAGAGAACAAGGGCAUGAUAUCCUACCCUACCUCACUAAAGCAUGGUCUGAUAUGUUGAAAGCUUUCCUACAAGAAGCAAAGUGGUGCCGAGAAAAACACUUGCCAAAAUUUGAGCAUUAUCUCAAUAAUGCUUGGGUCUCAGUGUCUGGUGUAGUUAUACUAACUCAUGCCUAUUUCUUGCUGAAUCACAACACAACAAAGGAGGUACUUGAGGCCUUGGAAAAUUACCAUGCUCUGUUCAAAAGACCAUCCAUAAUUUUUCGACUUUGCAAUGAUUUGGGUACAUCAACGGCGGAGUUACAGAGAGGUGAAGUAGCAAAUUCAAUUUUAUCCUGCAUGCAUGAAAAUGAUAUUGGUGAAGAGAGUGCUCACCAACACAUUCAUAGUUUGCUUAAUGAAACUUGGAAGAAGAUGAAUAGAGAUAGGUUCAUCCACUCACCUUUCCCAGAACCUUUUGUGGAAAUAGCAACCAACCUAGCCAGAAUUGCUCAGUGUACGUACCAAACUGGAGAUGGGCAUGGAGCCCCGGAUAGUAUAGCAAAGAAUCGAGUCAAAUCAUUGAUAAUUGAACCCAUUGUUCUCAAUGGAGACAUAUAUUAAUCGCAAAGAUAUAGAAAAUAUGACUGUACAUAAUGCCAAAGAUGAAUAUUGGCAUGUCAUAUGUUAGUGUAGGUAUAAUUGAACGUAUAGUUUUCUAUAAUUGAUUUUAUUACGUUAAUUUUCAAUGUUUCAACAUUUUGAUUGUGUUUGCAAUGAAUUUGGAAUACAAUGUAGUUAAGUUCAAAAAAAAUGUAUAUUGUAAUCUAUAAACAUCGUCAUGGAAAUUUCUAUCCAUG